AUGCCACUUAUCCAGUACCAUGGACCCGGUAGCCCUAGAUAUAUCUUCGUCGAUCUCGAGUCCGGUCGCGAGGUGGUGUAUAAUGAGCCCGGGGAGUGUUCGCCACGUGGGUUUAUGGACUGCUUCAUCGCCGUCACGGAACGCAUCAAGGAGAUGAUCAAGGUGAAAGGGAAUGAUUGGUGUGCCGGUCUGCCGGAUUGUAUUCGCGAUAGAGACUCUAGGCGUAUUGAUGGUUUGGCGGGAGAUCCCAGGUCCAGAUGGGUGGGUGGAGCUUUGGAGCUUGGUAGCCGGCUGAUAGACUCGGGCAGGGGGAAGAAGGUGUGGCCCAAGUAG